AUGCAUAAACAGCUUGUGACCCCGUCGUCACGCGACAAGCUGUUGCAAACGAGCCUACGAAAGAAGAACCAUUUCCUGGGGCUCGGUAACCGUAACGGACAGGGACCGCGACACGUCGUUCGCCGUACUUUGCAGGACUAUUUUCCGAAACGUUUGGCAAAGUCUAGGCUAGAGACGAACAGCAAGUUUAGGAAGCUGACGGAAAAAGUUGUUGCUGAUUUUGACGGAAACGACCCUAUUCGCAUAGUAUCGGGGGAACGAGAAACUUGUGGUCAAGCUUCGGAAACAUCGUCGAUUAGUGUGAAAGUAGAAGUGUCUCCACCGCAAGUUGGUGAGGUGGUUAAAAGUGAGGUCUGUGACGAGGAAGACGGCUUACUGGUCAAGCAGGAGUCUGUGGAUCAGGAAGAUUUAAUAGGAAACUUUAAACAAGACUUCCGAGAGUACUGUUCCGUGCGGUGGAGGUUUCAAAUUGUGCUCUCGAUGCUGCAGGAACGUUUGGAAGAGUUGGAAAACGGUAAUGAAAGUUCUAUCGGUAACGACAGUGCAGGUGGAGACGACCUAGUAGAAGAAAGCCAGGAGGGCAUGUCGUCGGUCAAUCAAGCAUCAAAUCGUACGGUGGAAAGUGCUACUGUGGAUCGUACGCCGAGCCCCUCCAGUGUGCCAACGGAAGAAGGCGAAGUAUCUGCCGGCCUCCUCGAUGAAGGGAGUUCGGAGCCUGAUAAGGAAAAUUAUGCACCACCAUCCCAAGAUGAGGAACAUGCGACGAAUUCGUCAACGCUGGUAAAAGUUACUUCGGCUUCGAAUCCAGAGGAAAACCUGCUCGUCAAGCAGCCGGGCUACAGUCUGCUUGAAUCGUCCAAAUCGGAGAUUCUCGAACCGACGUAUACUUGCGAUAUCGAGCUGGAACCAUUGGAAGGCCGCAAAGCAUCGUUUGUCGAUUCCCUGCUUAACAAGUUUAACCUCGAACCACCGGUAAUGCCGCCGGUAAACAGUUCCAGUGGUCCCGAUGGUGGCGACGCUGCCGAUGGACACUCACCACAGCAGCAACGUCGCUGCUUGCGUGAUCGCACCAAAAUAGCGGCUCGGCCACGAUACAUAGAAAUACCAGAGGAACCGCGUCGGGUGCGCGUAUCCAAGGUAUUCGGAAAGCUGCACAAGACUAUCAAUCUGGACGAGCUCGACAGUACAAACUCGAAUUCGUCGACCGAGUUCUAUGGUUUCGACGAGGGCGAAGUGGUGAAGCUGGACAAACCCAGCCUGCCGGGCCUGUUGCCGACACCGAUCGUCAAAAAAUCGCAGCCAUACGCACCAUUCUUGGCGUACGGCACCAGCAUUGCAGAUGCACUUUCCGGGUGCGAUGAUGGGGCCUCGACUAGCUUCUCCAGUAGCAAGUCGACCGUCAGCGACGGCACCGGCAACAACGAGUUGUUCCGUGAGGAGGGCCUAAUAGAGUUCGGGUCCUUGCCUCCUCGACUCGAGUGUCCUCGUCGUCCAAACGAUAUGGUGCGCCCGCGUACCGUGGCCCAGAAGCGCAUUCUGCUGCAGAAGGAAAACGACGUACGGUACUUGAUCAUCGACAAUGAGUCGAAAAUUUUCCACUUCCUGGAGAAACGCAGCAAAAACAUUGACGCAGAGCUCGAUAUCUGUCGCAUGAAGCAGCUUCAGGACCAACAAAUACCGUUCACUCGCGAUACUUGGCGUGCACUAGCGUGGCUGCGGACGCUGAAGGGUCUUUACUACUUUCAAACGCACACCAUCGACGGUCGGACGGUCAAGCUGACGGGGUGUGCUGGCAAUCACUCCAGCAAAAGGUUGACCAGAAAAAAUGUCUUUUCGUCCGCAGUCAACGCAUCGGGAGGACGAAAGAUUCACUAUAUUACCCAUUGCCGAUGUCCAGAGUAUCCGGAUGGGGUGGACUUGGAUUUAUCGGCCAUCGAACCGCCUGCGUCUGAGGAAGAGCAAUGGGUUGCGAAACCGAGACCGAAGCUUCUACCCAGCGAUGCCUGGGUGCGAUCGGCCGACUAUCGGCAGCAGCCCUCCUUUUCGGGCACCAAACCAGGGCCGCUCUCAUCGAAACGAAUAUCCCAUGCGGCCUACGAAGACGAUCCGUAUCUGGGACCAUUGGAGAUCUUUCACAUGCCCACCGCGGAGCUGGAGGUGUUUCCGAAAAUCAACCGCCCGCUCGAUGGGUACGUGAAGCCCUUUCUCAAGAUGAUACUGCCCCACAGCGGCAUCACCGAGAAUUGGGCUCGAUUCGCUGUGUCGACGCUGCGAUCCACACGCACGGGUGACGGACCAGACGAUGACGAACGGUCUUUCGUGUUCGAGUUGCCAUACGCUAACGACGCCCGCAAACUGCUCGUCCGCCGACGACUGAUCGCACGACCGGGUGAGGAGCUGACGGUGGCAUGUAGAGCAAAGACGGAAGUGAAGGGGGUGACCGAUUUGGAGCACUUCGAGCGGGUGCUCGCCGAACGUUUGUCCUUCCGGGAAGCGAUCGAUCAGGCUUUGGAACGUGGAGAAACGGUUGACGCGGACGAGCGCAUCUGUGCGGACAUCGUUACUGAGCUUACCAACUCGGUGGCGAUUACCGUCGCCGAAGAUAUGUUUAUGGCGCUUGAUCCGGAUGCCGUAAGUCGAACACCUCAACAGGAGCAACCCGCCAAAACAGCAAAGCCACUUUCGGUAGACACCGAUUGCGCAACUGCUACCUCGCAUCCGGCGCUACCGCUGUCAUCCAGUGCCUCUCCGAGCGCUACCGCUGCGGCUCCAUCCGAAGGAACCGAAGGAAAGAGUUGCGAAGGAAAGAGUUCCGAAGGAAAGAGUUCCGAAGGAACAGCGAGCAAAGCGGCCAACGAUACAGCGAAACUGAAGCUACUCCGCGAGAUGAAGCGACUGAAUGCGACUAUCAUUGAAAGCCCGAGCCAUGCGCCGCCACCGACCGGCAAUGCGGCGACUGGCGAAUCCCAGCAGCAACCUUGCGACCCCGUGUACUGUGCCCUAGGCUGUAUUUGCGAUAUUCUUGGCCGAUCGGAGCAAAUCAGCAGUACUUCGAGUGCGAUUGCCAGUUCCCUACGCCGUCUUCAUUGCAAAGAGGCCCACUGUGUGCUUGGGUGUGUCUGUGGGUACGAGCAGAAAUCGGUUAAUCACACGCAACAGGUCCAGACGCAGGGCGACAUGAAGGGCAGCGUUGAAGGCUCGUCCGCACUGACCAGUGCGGAUGUGAAGUAUCUGCGCGAGAAGGCUACGGCCCGGUUGGCGAAAGUUGAACGCGACUUUGCCCCGACGGUAAUCCUGACCGACAACGCCACGGUGCUGGUGCGCAACACGGAGUCGGAAACGCGGCGCCAAAAGAAGAAACCGAAAAAGUACGACGACUACUACAACGAGAACAGCAUGCAGAUUUUGCUAAAAGGGGGGACGCUCGAGUCGCAGCAUUCGACAGAAGCCACUGCCCCACCACCGCUGGAACCGUUACCGCUUAGCGAGCGCAUGCGACACGCGCACGUGCUGCUCAUGAAACUGCCGGAACUGUCUACUCUCGAACCGUGGUGUAUGGUACACGAGUUGUACCGUUGCUAUUGUGGAGGAACUGCCACGCAUGGAAAAUCGUUUUCGUUCUACGAAGAAAACUGUGUUUCGUUACCGGCAUCGAAAGGCGUAUCGAAAAGCGAAACUUCCACCACUCCAACGAUCGCCAGUCGCAUGAUGAGCAACAAAGUAGUGCAGGAUGUGCCCCUAGCUGCCCCUUCCGGUUCGUCCGUGUACGGUGUGCCCCGAAAGCGAUUGUAUUCGUUUGAGAAAGUUUCGCCAACUGCCGGUGGAGUGGAGUGCGUACCGAACCGAGUCAACGCGUGGAUGACCCCCGCCCGGCCAUCUGCCUCCAUCGUUACAUCGGCACCGGUCUCCGGUCGUGCGUCGUUCCGAAAACGGGACAGCUCCGAAGAGUCAUACAAGCCGGUUUCGGAGUGGAAGCAACCGAAACGCAAGUUCAAAGCAGCCGACGAUGCUGGCGGUGCUGCUGUCAGCGGUGCCAUCGCCUAUCGGCGCAAUUCGACGAUCGCGAAGCGACGCUUUUCGAUGGCUGUCACGGGAGGAAACUUGGAUCGGGCUGCCGAUCCAACACAAGCAGCGAUAGCUGGUAGCAGUACAAAGGUAGCCCGGUGGUCUGACCCACAAACGCGCUUUGAUGCGGGGGCAUCCGUUUCCGAUGCGCAGUAUAAGAUAAUUCCCCGGUCCACUCCGAAGAGUACCGGAAUUUCCAACAUCGUGCUAAAACGCAUCCCACCGGUACCCGAUGCGGCACAGGUAAAUAGGAAUAUUGCGAAGUCCGUCAAGACGUCGCUGCCACCACCGAAAACGAAGGUGGUACUACCGGAGAUGCACGCGAGCGUGGUGAUAUCUGAUUCGUCUGACGAAUCGUCACCAGAGUGCGAGCCCUCAAGCCGUGUGCUAGUGAGUCGAGAGAAGAUGAGGGGCCCAAACACUGAUGGGGCUCACGUCAGUACCGCUGUUACGAAAGUGCUAACGGUGCACGGACUAAAGCAGCUGAUACACCGGGAACACCAACACGGAACACCCGUCCCUGCUGGCAAAAAUCGAAUCCAGUACGUCCAUUUGGUGGACAGUCACGAGAACGUGCAAAAUCACGAAAAGUACCGGAUACUUCUGGAUAAAUCGAAGCGACUGAUCGUUUGCGGCGAUAACAAAUCGUUUGUGCAUGCCCGCGUGAGUAGCCGCAAGGAUGUGUUGCAGCGCCUGGCGCCCUAUCCCCAGGUAAUGGUUUACAUCGUGCAGAUGCUUCCGAACCUGAAUGCCGCCUCCACCAGCGUGCGGCACAAGGGCCCUGAAACGAUGCGAUCGUCGAGUGCUUCUACUUCGCACACACAGCUCAAUCGACCGAAGGGCACGGACGGCUCUGGUAGGGUUCAAGGUGAUUGUGGGGCAUCGAUGGCAGCAGGAGCCGAUCAGAAAGCUCAGAUAUCAACAAAGCAGCAGCAGCAGCAGGAGCAAAACGAUCAGCAAGUCGCUUCCCUAAUACGGCACAUUAGGACGUUGCUGAUGCGUGCAACCCUUCAUAUCAAUAUGGUCAAGAGUGGCAUACUCCAUAUGUGUCGCUGGCCGGCCCUGCUGAACGCGUUCACGCUUGGUCAGGCCGAUGUGCUGGACGUGACGUUUGCCAGUGGCGAAAGGCAAACCGUCAUCACGACCGAUCAUUCGGCCGAUAUGCUGUUCCACCAGUAUGUGCAGAGCAGUUUCAGCGCAAGGCGUUCACGUUUUGUCGCACGGUCUGCCGCAGAACCGCUACCACCCGAACAGCGGCGACGGUCGCUACUGAUGGAACUUAUCCUCACGCAGGCGGAUUCCGUCCGCAUGAGCAAGGAUCUCGGGCUCAUUCUUUACGGUGGCGAACAUUGUUGGUUGUUUUGCGGAUUUUUCGAUAUGAAAGGCAACGGUACAGCUUCAAAGACGUCGGAUAAUAAUCGACCGCAAGCAAAACCGCCGGUGGUAUGUUCCUUCGCAAAGAGCAGUUCGUCGAAGCCCGAAGUCAACAUGAUUACCGAACAGUCGUUGUCCAAAGCGUUUUUGAAUUCUGGUCGCACAAAUUUACACAUCAUAAACGCAGCUACGGUGCCGAAGUCAACGGCAUCGGCCCCAGCGUCUGCCGAUUCAGAGCCGAGGAUCAAAUGCCGUUGGUUGAAGCUUACCAUAGCGAAUGAUUUCAGCGACAUGUUCAUCCCAUCCUGGAAGUGUAGCGUUUCGUUCUCCCAAAUAAGGAACGCGAUCGAUGUCGCCAACAGUAAGCGCACUGUGUUCUGUCUGAAGUGUACAAACCAUUCGUCCGAGAUUAACAUGUCGUCGCCACGCAUCUACGCCGUGCCGUACCAGAGCUGCACUGUCUUCAUGGGGCCAUACCCAUUGUGGCAGAAAACGAUCGAUAUCAAACUGUGUCAGUCGGUCGAUGGGGUGAUGUACACGCGCGAAGAGUACGAGCGACGGAAUGGAGUCAUCUGCGAUAAAAGGUAUCGUACGGCGGGUCGGUGGAUUGAGAUGAAGGUGAAUGCGAUCGAGAACCUACAGCGAGGGCUCGACCGCUCAAAGGUCGAUCGAAAUCCGCUGAAUAAGGUGAGGGGUUCAAAGUCAUCUGUCGUCAAAACAGCGCCAGCACAACCGCCACCAGCACCACCGGCACCACCACCACCACCACCAACACCAACAUCAACAUCAACAUCAACAGCACCCGCCAAGCCGAUCAUAAGUUCGGUAGCCAACAAUCGAUCACUUUUGAAACGCAGCUUUACCAAUGGGCCCUCCUCCGCCACUUGCAAUGGUGGGGUUAACGAAAACGAGACAAACAGCAGCGUAAGCAUUGUUGCCAAUUGCAAAGACGGUAGCAGCAGCAGCAACAAGGACUCGAUUGUGAUCCUAGAAAACGAAGACAACAACGUAGAGAAGGCAGGUCCGACCAGUACGAAUCCGCCGACAGCAUCCACCGCUGUCAGUAGUGUGGACGACGGGGAGGAAGGAAUACAGAAUGGCAAACGUAAACGAUUAUCGUCGGUGAUCAGCGCGGAGCUGUCCGACGAUGGAGCUGACCGUUUGUUGAAGCUGUUGGAAAAAACGAUGCAACAAACGCGGCAGGAGAAGCAGAAACUGGAGUUGAUGAUAAAGUCCAGCCAAGCGAAGGGGGAAACUGCGCAAUUAUUUGCUGCUCCUUUGGUGGACCCCAAACGUAAGACGAGCGGGAGCGAGGAACAGACCGUUCCUUCUGCGUUGCGCCAACAACGUCGCCUCAGCCUGCGGCCCUCGGUCGAUGGACGCUUAGAAACGACUCCUCGACCAGCUACAUCCGAUAUCGUACCGAGUGGUCUGCAAAGAAACGCACAGUGUAGGAUUUCGUUGCCAAAUCCUGUACCAAUGACUAAAACGUCGGUGAAGCUACCGGUGGAACAGGCCAAUGUGCCAAAAACAGAUGGCCACGCUAAAUCGCAUAUCGUAUCCCCACCUAAUGGGGCUACGGCCAAAACGGGGGAUGUUGGUUCCGGUGGUCUGAAGGUUCGUUCGAUGGAGAGCCUUCGCAUUCGCCCCGCGGAAUCUGUUGUCUCUGUUUCGAAUGCAACUGGUGCGAAAGAUCACGGUGAGGUAGUCUGUCUGGAUGAUGACGAUGACGGUGAUGAUGACAAUGGCACACCGAUUGGCGAUGUUCCGGCAAACGGAAUUCGAAACACACCGGGCGUCGGGGGUAUCGGUAAAGGCAACAGGCCACAGAUGGUUUUGAGUCAACAACAGGCCGCACUUAUCGCCAGUAAGCUAAACCUGAAAUCUGGUGGCGAUCAACAACUGGGAUUCAAAUUCAAUCCCACGAACGGUGUGGUGGCGAUGAAACGAUCGCUUAUCCAAAGUAUCACCCAAUCAAGCGAACAGCUGCUUGGUGCUGCAGGCGGGAAACAUGCGGAAGGUCCGAGAGGUGCCACCGCAACGCCUUUCACCGCGGCUUCGCUUGCGGCCCUCCGGAGGCAAAGCAUAGCAGUGUGUACCUCGACGCCUACCACCUCAGCCUCGACAGUUCUCCUAACGCACCCACCCACUUUCGGCGCUCCAAAGGAGACGACGCCUCGAAGCAGUGAAGCUGAUCAAAGCUUUGCUUCGGGACUGGUCUGCUUAACGGAGGACCAGGAGGCACGGCUGUUGUCGAAACGACACGUAAAAGGUGUGCUAAAGUCAAACAUUCCCAACCUCGGCCUGGUGGAGGUAGUUCGGAUGAGGAACCAUGCAGACAUUAUCAUCCGAAUGAGGGAGCUGACGGCCCAGAAACAAUACGUAAGCGUACCGACGUUUGCAUCUGCCACCAUCCUGCUGAAUGAGUUCAUCCAAAAAAAUACCUACACGCUCAUGCCUUUCUCGCUCCACAUCAAGUGGAUAUUCGAAGAACGUUCGACGCCACUGCCGCCUCAGGAAAAGUUAACCAGUAUUAUAAACCGGCGCAGUGUGGUGACGUCGCAAGGAAUUGUGGAUCUUUCGAAACCGGACCUGUUGCAAGGGCUUCAGACGAUGAUGCCGGAAGCGUACGAUGAUCUCAUGCUGAGAAGGCUCGCAAUGCUAUGUUAUCCGAAAGAAUUGUACGAAAAGCACAAAUGUUACGAUAAUGAGGAAAAAAUCUUCACACGGGCUACAGAAGUCAUCAGCACCUUAAAGCAGUCGACCCAAGCGAAGGAACAAGAGCUGUGCUUCUACAAAAAGAUGCUGAAAAAGAACGAAGAAAAGUUCAAGCGUUUGCAGGAGCCUCGAGCACCCCAGCAGCAAAGGCGCGAAAGUGUAGCGACAUACGGCAAUCGGUCAGCAGAUGGAGGCAAUGGGAAUACCACGGUCACAACUUCAAAGCAAAACCGCAACAAUGCCAACCCAGGAGGUGGUGUGAUCGUUAUUGAGGACGAUUAAAUACCGCGUGUGGAUCUUCGUUCCUUUUUCCUUGUUACGUCGUACAUGGAAAAGGGAAGUGCAAAUAAAAUAUGUCAAAGAAAUCACCGGUUUUCGCCGGUGGUAAAUAAAGCCGA